AUGCUUAAUCUCAGUUCUCACAACCGAGUUUGGGCUUGACUUUGUUUAUUGAUUCUCUUUGUGACAUCAAGUUCCUUUGACGUAUUAAUCGUUUUUUCAAAUAGAACAAAAGCAAUUAUGCAAAAUUUUAUCACAAGUACAGAGUUGUUCAAUAAAAACUCAACCGAAAUAUUUUAUUGCAAUGAUUCAUAUUUCGAUGAAGAAAUAUCAAAUCACCCCAAUCUGAUUGCAGUUUUCGACAUUACAAAUAAUUUGAACUCUCAAUUUGAGAUUGCGAAAGUUUGUGAAUUCAAUUUACUGGCACAUUUUUUAGUUUCUGAUAGCUUGCCUUAUCAAAGCAAGUGGACCUUUUUGCUUUCAAGCUCUAAAGAAGACUUAAGCAAAGCCAUAGUUUCAACUUUGACAUAUUUCAACUGAAUUGAUGGAGUAGCAAUUUCUGACGUAGAAAGGUAUGCAAGCUUAUGCACGAUGGCUUCAGGAUAUUCAUCAAAUAUUAAUUUAUAUUCAGUUGGCUCAAACACCGUUUUUCAUGAUCUGAUUGGAAGAGAAAUCAUGAAAUUAGGCUCCUCUCUAUUUUAUCUAUAUCUGGAUAAAGAGCUUUCUCUUGAACUUCAGAAAAAUUUGGUUUCUUCAAAAUUAAUUAUUAAUGGAACAGGAAUUCUGCUCAUAGAAGAUGGCAGCUACGGAUCGAGCACUGAAGGCGCUCUCGCAAUUGUGGAUAAAGGCAAAGAAUUAACAGACUCAAAAGAAAAUUAUUUAAUUGAUAUAAUUUCUGAAAUGAUUGAUACUCUUAGCAAUAUUUCAAGUUCAUAUAAUAUCCAAAAGGUGCUUGAAGAAAGAUGUAUAAAUAGACAUUGUGUAACAGAGUUUUCGCUAAUAAAUAUUCAAGAAGCUAAGAGAAAGAUUGUUGGAUCAAUCAAAAAUGGCAAAUUGAGUUUAAAUUUUCCAAUUAUUUUUCCUGGAAGUUCUACAAAUAUACCUAUUUCGCAGAAAAAAGUGCUCUUUUUUAGUGCUAGUAAUGGGUCAACUGAUCCUGGUGGAAAUCCAGUAGCACUGGUACCCAUAAAUACAAGAGGGAUUGCUUUGGCUGUUAAACAUAUGAACACAGGAACAGAAAUACUGCAAAAUUUUCAAAUUAAGCUAAGCGGGUUCGAUUGUGGAGUUAAUAUAUAUAAUCCUGAUUUCUGCCUGUCUUGCUUUGGCAAAGAUAUUAAUAAAUUAGGCUUAGCACAUAUAGCCCAGGAUCUCUUAUUUCACAUUUCCCCUAGGCUGCCCAAUUGGAGGCCAAACUUGAAGUUGUUCGGCACCAACUCAACGGAUUAAAUAAUAUAUCGAUGACUACUUAUUUGCUAACUGGUGAAGUUGAUUUGGCAACUUUUUGUGCUAUACCAAUUUCACGAAUUUGCCCUUCAAUUGGCAGCCUAGAGCAAUUAAUAAUCUAAUAUUUGCUAUAUUGGAGGUUUAAGCUCUAGUAUGGCUAUGGGAGAUAUGAUAACAUUCAAAAAAUUGAAUAGAACUACCCCUCUUGUCAGUGCUACAAAUACUGAAGUAUCUCUCGGGAACUCUACGAAAUACCCUUACUAUUCUAGAGUGAAUUUGAAUAAUUAUGACUUAGCAGCUCAAAUUCCAUUAUUUUUAAAAACUAUUGGUGAAGGAAUAUAG